UACAUUCGAACAAAAAUGUCCCGUCUGCAAACAAAAAGGUUCAACCCGAUUACAGUGAUCGUGGCAGCUGUGCUCGUGCAGAAUGGUGUGUUGAAGACUCAAAAUAAACAACUGAUAACCUAAAACGAAAAUCGAUUCUCCUUUUUAUUUUUCAGCCAAUGGACGAGUUAGGUGAUGCGUUUAGGGUUUAUGGUGCCCGAUUUCGUGAGUUUUGGGACUAAAAUCACCACAUGUUUUCUGAUAUCUCGGGGAUGAGUUACUUUCCAGCCCAAUUUGCAACGCGAGUACCCGUGUGUUAGGCGAGUUCUUGCCGCGUUUUCCAACUGACUCUCAACCAUCUCCUCUUUGAACAAACCCUAUAAGAAAGCUGCUGUUAAAGUACUUGUAUAAUUAUGUCAUUGUAAGCUUUUCAAAUUCAACUAUCUCAAAUAAAAAUACAAACUCUUUUUUCUCAUUCUUAUUUUGACUUCUUCUAUCUUCUAUAUACCUAUUUCACACUAAAGAUGAUGUGAGUUAGUCUUCAAUUGAAUUAUGAGAGUCUGUACUCUCCAAAGAAAAUUUGUCUCUAUAUAGACCAUUUGCUGAUGAUCAUAAGUGCUGCUAAAUUCAUCAAGAUUUGUUAGUUAUGGCUAACAUGGCUGGAGAAAGACAAAGACAAGAAGAUGCUGGAAGUGACGACGUUGGGCCAAGGGCAAAGGCAGUUAUGAAGCAGUUUUCUCCGGCAGCCCAAGCAGAAAUGAUGCGAGCAGCGGAAAAGGAUGAUCACUAUGCAUCUUAUGUUUAUAAUGCUUGCCAUGAUGCAUUUCGCCAUCUCUUUGGCACAAGGCUUGCUGUGGCCUACCAGAAUGAGAUAAAACUUGCAGGACAGAUGCUUUAUUAUUUGCUGACAACAGGAUCAGGUCUACAAACAUUGGGAGAAGAAUAUUGUGAUUUAUGCCAGGUUACAAGUUCAUCUGGAGUUCCUCCAACACCAGCCAGGCGGAUUCUUUUUAUUUUCUUUCAGUCAGCUCUUCCUUAUCUUGCUGAAAGGCUUAGUGCUAGGGUGGCUACACAUGGAGUUUUGCUGGCCAACAGAGAUCCUGAUGAGUCACAUGCUAGAUUUGGAGUUGGAAGUGGUGGUGCAACUGACAGUGUUUCUGAUCAUGCAAGUGACUUAUUGUCCUCUUCUGCAGAUAGAGAAUCUGCUGCCAUAAGAUGCUCAAGAUGGAAAGAAAGAGUUAAGAAAAUGUGGAUAACUGCAGUUCAAAAAUGGCCUUUGAUUCUACCAUCUGUACGGGAGGCUUCACAGCUAGUCAUCCGCACAAACCUGAUGCUCUUUUAUUUUGAGGGUCUUUACUAUCAUAUAGCAAAACGUGCAGCAGGGAUUCGUUAUGUAUUCAUUGGAAGGCCAUUGCCUCAGAAACAUAGGUAUCAGAUUUUGGGCAUAUUUCUCUUCAUUCAGCUUUGCAUAAUUGCUGGUGACUGGUUACGCCAAAGCAGUUUGUCUUCUCUUACCAAUGCCAUGCGCUCACAUUCAAUGGGAAAUGAACUCACAAGAGCAGGAAAAGGCCCUCCAGUUUUGAGUGAAGAUGGGAACUUCAUUUCUGAUACUCUUACAGAGACAGCAGCUUCAUCAUCAUUCUCAAAAUCCUUUGAGACAGGGGUUUUGAGUAAGUGCCCACUAUGCCUUAGUCCCCGCCAAAAUCCUACAGCUACACCAUGUGGUCACGUCUUUUGUUGGAAUUGCGUCACUGAAUGGUGCAAUGAGAAGCCAGAGUGUCCUCUCUGUCGUUCUUCUGUGUCACAUUCAGAUUUGGUGUGCAUAUAUCAUGCAGACUUCUAGAUCUUUAGGAAUUGAGGGAAAUUUGAUUCCUGCAGUUGUAUGUGGAGUAAAAUUUCUAAUCUGAAGUUGGGGCAAAGUUUAUUUCCAAUCCUUGAUAUUGGAGACACCUUGGGUGUCUUAUCUUCGUUUCUUUGUAUAUGCUUUUACAUUCCUCCAUAAAUAUUUUUUUUGGAUACUCAAAAUCAUUUCCUCUUAACAUUAUGUUAAUUGUUAAAAUAAAGGUAAUUAGUUCAAGAAGGUUGAGAUUCGAGAGGAUGACUCAGAUCUUGAAAUAUAGUUCCGAUACAAGCUGAGGUUGUUUGUUUAUAAUAAUAAAGAAAAUUGAAGUGUUUUAUUGA